GCUUUGCUGAGAGACUAGGAGCAAUUCCUGGAUGACCUUCGACCAGGAGGGGACAAUGCCCUUUCUGCACGGCUUCCGUAGAAUCAUCUUUGAGUACCAGCCAUUAGUAGAUGAGAUCUUGGGGUGUUUGGGGUUGCAGGAUCCUGAACGGCAAGAAACUCUCGAGAGUCCCGGCCACGUGGCUGAAGAUGCCGGCCGACUGCUGGUCCUCCAGGCGCUUCUGGAGAGGGAGGCCCAUUCCCCGUUCUACCAGGAAGGCGUGAGCUACGCUCUGCUAAAAGUGGCCGAGCUCGGGCUGACUCACGCGGCUGAAACCCUCUUGCGCAACGGAGCAGACAUCGUCUUUGAAGAUCCAGUCACCUAUUACACGGCCCUACAUAUUGCGGUGCUCCGGAACCAGCCCAACAUGGUGGAACUCCUGGUGCAGCGAGGGGCGGACAUUAAUCGGAGGGACAGGAUUCACGAGAGCAGCCCGCUGGACCUCGCUAGCGAAGAGCCAGAACGCCUGCCCUGUCUGCAACGUCUCCUUGAACUUGGUGCCGAUGUCAAUGCAUCUGACAAACAUGGAAAGACAGCUUUGCUGCACGCUCUGGCCAGCAGCGACGGGGUUCAGAUCCACAACACAGAAAAUAUUCGCCUCUUGCUGGAAGGAGGCGCAGAUGUCAAGGCCACCACCAAAGAUGGCGACACGGUCUUCACCUUCAUCAACUUCCUCCUGGGAGAGAUGGUGGGAGGAGACAAGGAGGAGGCCCAGAAGAUCAGCCGCUUCUGCUUCCAGGUCACGCGGCUGCUGAUGGCCCAUGGUGCCGACCCCAGCGAGUGCCCCUCCUACGAAUCCCUCACCCACCUCUGCCUGAAGAGCUUCCGCCUCCACUUCCCGCUCCUGCGUUUCCUCCUGGAGUCGGGGGCUUCCUACAACUGCUCCCUCCACGGGCCCUCGUGCUGGUCGGGCUUCGACAUCGUCUUUGAGAGGCUGUGUUCCCACAUCAGCGAAUCCGAAGAGGACCGCUUCUCCAUUGACCUCCUGCAGAAGGCCGAGACGGCACUGGAGCUCAUGACGGCCAGCUCUCCAUCUGUGAAGCUGCCAAGCAACUUUGAGGUCAACCUGAGCAGCUGCCGCUUUCACAAGGAGAAGAUCGAGGCCCUCUUCCGCUCCCUGAAGCAGCUGGAGCGCUCCCCGCCCACUUUGAAACACCUCUGCCGAGUUCACAUUCGCCAGAGCAUGAGGCCCUGGCCAGUGGACGUCAAGAUCAAAGCUCUCCCUCUGCCUGACAGGCUAAAGUGGUACCUCCUCAUAGACCACAGCAGUUCCACGGAACAGGACGUGUGACCUAGCGGGGCAGAGCGU